AUGUCUUCUCACAAGACUUUCAGAAUCAAGAGGUUUCUGGCCAAGAAACAGAAGCAAAAUCGUCCCAUUCCCCAACGAAUUCGUAUGAAAACUGGCAAUAAAAUCAGGUACAAUUCCAAGAGGAGACAUUGGAGAAGAACCAAGCUGGGUCUACAAGGAUUGCACAUGAUAUAA